CCCAAACCAUCAUAGUUCGAUAUUCACGGUUUUGCCACCACCAUAGAGAGUGCGAUAGCAGGACUUCAAAACAUUAGGAGUCAACGACAUUUACUGCACAGGAAGAUCUUUGCCCCUCCCCCACGCCCAACACAGUCAAGCACGGUAAACCCCCCCCCCUGUUUGAGUGAUUCAUUCCCCGAUAUUAUUGUAUUCAACUGAGUGGCUAACCUUUCGAUUCUUAAUUCACCCUCGCUCAUCCCCUCAUCCCCUCUCAACAAUCCAUUCCUGAUCCUUUUUUCUCUUUUUUGGACGAGCACGGUACCUUGCUGUACUCGAGCACCCCUACCCUAGAGCACCUCAGUGGCAGCUUCAAACCCGGCUCAUCCUCACCCAAACCUUAUCCUGGCCUUAGGAGCGCUCAAGAUAUCCCUCCAACGAGGCCGGCUUUCGAAAGAAGCCACAACCUUGCAUGCGUCAUUCCUAAAACCUUAUCGCGAUUAUCGGCCCUUCCUACCGUCAUCCUCCCACAGCACUCGUACCCGAAGGCUCGCGCCCUUCAGCCUCAUCCCACCACCCAGGGCCAGUCUCGGAGCCUUAUAUAACUCCCGAUUCCCCCCACCAGUGUCCUCCAUUUCCGCAUCGUCUUUCCCCGGAUCCUCCCCGUCCAUUCCCCAUCUUCCUCGCCAAGAUCCCACCCCUCAAACGCCUUCAGACAUGAAGGAAUUGCCCAUUCGUUCCGGCGGUGCAACCGUUCUCGCUGACAAGCUCGAACAACCAGACCUCGACAACCGAUCUUACAGAGUGAUUCAACUUUCGAAUAAACUUGAGGCUUUGAUUGCGCAUGAUCCGGACACGGAUAAGGCCAGUGCUGCUUUGGAUGUGCACGUGGGAAAUUUCUCGGAUAGGGAUGACUUGCCGGGUCAGGCACAUGCCGUAGAGCAUCUCUUGUUUAUGGGAACUGAGAAGUAUCCCAAAGAGAAUGAAUACUCACGUUAUCUCUCUGAGAAUUCUGGUCAAUCCAAUGCAUACACGGCUUCAACCUCUACCAACUUCUAUUUUGAAGUGGGCCACCAGGCAUUGUACGGUGCUCUGGAUCGCUUCGCACAAUUCUUCAUCUGCCCGCUCUUUCUCGCGGAGACUUUGGAUCGCGAGCUCCGAGCUGUGGAUUCGGAAAACAAAAAGAAUCUUCAAAAUGAUAUCUGGAGGAUCCACCAGCUUUCAAAGUCCUUGUCUAACCCUAGCCAUCCUUACUGCCAUUUCUCCACCGGAAACUUGGAGACUUUGAAAGAAGAGCCCGCUAAGAGGGGCGUAAACGUCCGGGAUGAGUUUUUGAAGUUUCAUGACAAGUAUUAUUCCGCCAACCUCAUGAAGCUUGUAGUCCUAGGCCGUGAAGACCUGGAUACCUUGGAGAAGUGGGUUAUCGAACUCUUUGAAGGUGUCAAGAAUAAAUGCCUACCUGACCCGAGAUUUGAAGGCCAGCCAUUUACCGAUAAGGAACUCUUGACGCAAAUAUUUGCAAAGCCAGUUAUGGAUACUAGGUCAUUGGAUAUUACCUUCACAUACCCAGAUGAAGAAAAACUUUUCGAGUAUAAACCUUCGCGCUAUUGCUCCCACCUUAUUGGGCAUGAAGGUCCUGGGUCCAUAUUAGCCCUCCUCAAAAAGAAAGGCUGGGUAGACUCCCUGGCCGCUGGCCCGGAGCCCACUUGCGAUGAUGUCUCGUUUUUUAAGAUUUCCACAAAGCUGACAGAGGAUGGGCUUGAAAAUUAUGAGGAAGUAAUGAAGAUUAUCUUCGAAUACAUUCACCUCAUCCGUAGCACACCCCCACAGGAAUGGAUUAUGAGGGAGAUGCAAGCUGUUGCAGCCGUAGACUUCAAAUUCCGUCAGAAGAGCCUGGCAUCCAAGUUCACUUCCCGCUUUUCAUCUAUCAUGCAAAAGCCACUUCCUAGGGAAUGGCUACUCUCCGGUACUGCUCUUAUCCGGGGAUUUGACGCUUCCCUCAUUUCAAAGUCCCUGGAGUACCUUAACCCAAAUAAUUUUAGAUGCACAGUUGUCGCCAGAGAAUGCCCUAGGGGUGAUUGGGAAGCGAAAGAGCGAUGGUACGGGACGGAAUACCGUGUUGAAAAGAUCCCCGAGAAGCUCCUCUUAGAAAUACGAGAAAUAUUUGAUAAUUCUAGAGAAAUAUCCGGGGAGCUUCAUCUUCCGCAAAAGAAUGAAUUUAUUCCCACCAAUUUUGAGGUCCAGCGUAAAGAGGUUCAGACGCCGCAGAAGGUCCCCGUUGUGAUCAGGAAUACAGAAAUAUCCAGGAUAUGGUACAAGAAGGAUGACACCUUCUGGGUCCCGAAGGCAAACCUCAACUGCACACUCAGAAACCCUUUGGCAUAUUCCACUCCCGGAAAUACUGUGCGUACAGCCCUCUACUGUCGACUUGUAAAAGACGCCCUUAAUGAGUAUGCCUAUGAUGCGGAAAUCGCUGGUCUGGAUUACAAUUUAUGGGGGCAUUCUCUCGGUCUGGACGUCGAAAUUUCCGGAUACAAUGACAAAAUGCCAUUACUAUUGGAAAAGCUACUUUUGAAGAUGCGUGAUCUGGAGAUAGCUCCCGAUCGCUUCAAGGUGAUCAAGGAUAGGAUGGCGAGGGAGCACCGCAAUUGGGACUUCACUCUGCCAUACAAUCAAGUUGGAGAAUUUGCAAGGUACUUGCUUUCCCCGCAUAUGUGGCUGAACGAUGAUAUUCGUGAUGAAUUGAGCAACACUACCUUGGAAGAUGUGAAGAGCUUCUUCCCACAAAUAGUGAAGCAAUUUCACCUCGAAGCGUUAGCCCACGGAAACCUUUACAGAGAGGAUGCCUUGCGACUCACUUCUUUGGUCGAAACGAUCCUCAGACCUCGUGUCUUGCCUCACAGCCAAUUCACAGUCAGGCGAUCUCUGAUAAUGCCGGCCGGUGGUAAAUUCAUUUAUCCUCGCCCGCUAAGGGAUGAGGAAAACAUCAAUCAUUGCAUUGAAUUUAGUUUAUACAUUGGAGAACACACUGAUAGGGCACUGAGGGCAAAGAGUAUCUUGUUCUCUCAAUUGACUGAAGAACCAGCCUUCAAUCAGUUAAGGACAAAGGAACAAUUGGGAUACGUUGUAUUCUCUGGGGCCCGCAUGAAUUCUACUACCAUCGUCUACCGAUUUCUCAUUCAAUCCGAGCGCACUGGGCCUUACCUAGAGUCAAGAAUCGAUAAAUUCCUCGCUGAUUACAAGGACACUCUGGAGACAAUGAGCGAAAAGGAUUUCAGAGGGCACAUCAACAGUCUUAUUGUGAAGCGAACCGAGAGGUUGAAAAAUCUCCAUCAGGAGAGCAAGAGAUUGUGGGGGUAUAUCGGCAGUGAGCUGUACGAUUUCUCACAGAUCGAUAUUGAGGUGGACAUAAUCCACAACAUCACAAAAGCUGAAAUGUUGGAUUUCUACAACAAAUUCAUCGACCCGGCAUCCCCCACGCGAAGCAAGGCAUCGGUCCAUAUGCAUGCGGCUGCGGUUGCAAGGGCCCCUAAACCUGGCGAUAAAGACACUAUCGUUGGGGAGAUAUGCAAGUAUAUCUCAACCCAUUCCGGUACCGAGACGGAUCCAGCGGUGAUCUCAAAGGCUCUCUCGGCCGUCGACUUCACCGAACCGAAGUCCGCAAUGAGCGGAUUUCUUCAAUGUCUCACCCAGGACCUCAAAAUAUCACCCGAGACAGCGCAGUACAUUGCCCAGGAGGGUGCCGCAAUGCUGGCCACGCUCCUACCUAGCCUCGCGGGGGCUAACCCUCUACCGCGGGAGGAUGAGGGGGAAAUUGGCGACCAGGGCGAGGUCAUCGAAGACAUCUGUGCAUUCAAGGCUAGACUACAAUUGACGAAGGGGGCUAUGCCGGUUAGGCCGUUGAUAGAGUUUGAGGAGUCUUCUGUAAAGCUAUAGACCCGAAAAAUCCUUUUUGUGCUUGGAACGCCCAGGAUCAAAAGGAAUAGGGGAGAUAAAGAGUUAGUUUACUCUAACUUUCGAUUCCUGUUUUUUGUCCUUAUUUAGUUUUUGUAACGGCACUCAGUAGGGCACGGGAUGGAAUGUGAUGAAGUCUGAACGCUUUCAUGAACGCGCAA